AUGGACAACCUCGUCUUUCGGCCGCUGGACACGACGGGCGACUGCACGCGGUUUAUUCAGAUCGAGCCAGCCGAGAGCGAUGAGGACCAGAUUGUGUGUCGGCAUGUGCAUAUUUCUUUCCGGGAUCGGCCCAAGUAUGAGGCCUUGUCGUAUAAAUGGGGCGAUGUAAAAGACAAAGAGACCAUCAUCCUCAAUGGGUUCGAGCUCGCCAUCGGCAAGAACCUGCGUGCCGCGCUGCGCUUCCUCAGACGCCUCAACGGGCAGGCCAGCUACAAGCUCUUCUGGAUCGACGCGCUGUGCAUCAACCAGGAUGAGCUCGAUGAAAGGACCCGCCAGGUGCAGUGGAUGGGCCAGAUUUAUUUCAGGGCCAGGCGGGUCAUCGUCUGG